AUGGACCGUACGACAACUGCUGCUCUUGUAAAUAGAUUAAGGACUUGGUUUUCGAGGUAUGGUAUUCCUAAAAAAAAUUUAUCUGAUAAUGGCACUUCCUUCACGUCCCAUGAGUUCAAGACUUUUUGUAAGAAGAAUAACAUAUGUCAUGUCACAUCGGCACCGUAUCAUCCAAAAACCAAUGGUUUAGUGGAAAGGAUUAUCAGAACCUUCAAGAGUCGAUACAGUGCUUGCAAACAAGAAGGUCUCAGUUCAUCACUUGCACUUUUACAAGUGUUGCUUGCGUAUCGAAACACCCCGCAAAAGACCACAGGACAACCACCAUCAGUCCUUUUCUAUGGUAGAAGAUUACCAAGAGCUUUGGAUAGGUGGAGGUGUAAUAGCAGAGAUAGAAUAGAAAAUCAGGUGUGGCGACAGAAGUACUACCACGACUUAAAAUCCAAACCAAAGGAGUUUUCUGCCAAACAAGAAGUAUGGGUUCAAAAUGAAACGAAGAAGGGCUGGAGACCAGGAACUGUACAAGAAAGGACGGGAGAGCUAUCAUACACAGUUUUAGUUGGGGGAGAUAUAAAGAGAAAACACGCUGACCAGCUGAGAGCAAGAGAAGGUGCAACUGAUCCACCUCAAUGGAAAAUACAAAUGGAACCUGAAAAUGAUGAUGUACAUAGUUUCGGAAACUCAGCUGAGGUCACGUUCCAGCUGUGGUGGGGCGAGAGUAGAACCUACCCGCACAGACAGGCAGACAUCGGGCCGUUCACCACAACAAUGUCCCCCGCCCCCGCCCACUCCAUCGGCAACAGCUGA